AUGGCAGGGAUUUCGUCGAAAGAAAACCAACCAGAAGCUGAAAGAUUUGGGGUCAAGGAGCUCUUGCCAGCUUAUCUCAGUCCAAAUCUUCAGCUCCAAGAAUUCCUCACUGGUGUAAGUGUUGCCUCAUGUGGUUCAGGAUAUGAUCCUCUCACUGCUAAAUUAAUGUCUGUGUUAUCAAUGUCCGAUCAACUAGAGAUGUUCAAAAGUUACAUCAGAAAGAUAAAGGCAGCAGUUGGAGAAAACAAAACAGAGAUUAUACUGUCAAUAAGCAUAUUCCUGGAACUUUAUGGACUUGGGGCAAGAAGAAUUGGAGUGAUGAGUCUACUGUGCACCAGUAAUUGGAUGUGUGCCAUCACAGAUUCACAGAGGACAUUGGGUGGGGGCAUACAGAGAGGAUGCUCAGAGUAUGCCAACAAUGCAAGUAUGCUCUUCAACUCCAAACUCUCCACCCAAAUGUACUCUCUCAAUCAACUUCUUCCAGAUGCUAGAAUUGUACCUAUCUUGAUACCUACAAUCCAACCCUUGCUUUAG